CAUCUACACUAAAAACUAUCUUACGAAAUCCAACCCAUAAUCAUGCCUCCAACAGAGUUUUUUGUCUAAGUAUAUUACGACGGCCAUGUUCAAAGGACAGACACAGAAGGUGUUGUAUUUUCAUGCAAUAAUUCAUCCUUGUUUAAAGUGAAGAAAAACAUCAAACAGGAUGGACUUAUCCAGUGUAUCCAGAAAAAGAUUCAACCAGACAACUCCAAGAGGGUGGUGGAUAUUGUUUAUCGAUACCCUACAACUCUUGCACAAGGACUUGUCUGGUUUGAGUCAUUAAAUCUUGUAGGAGAUGACGAUGUUCAAAUGAUGUUUGACAUGUUCAUGACAGGUAAGCGUCUUGGUAUUUCAACAAUGGAGGUUUACGCAGGCUUGAUGGAUGCCUCAUGUGAUGAAACCCAUGUAGAACCACCAUAUAUUGAACCAACACCUUCGUCAUCUCCUCACUCCAUACCCAGUUCAUAUCCUUUUACAGUGCGUAAAAGAAUACCAUAUGAAUAAGGCCCCAGACUUUGUGGUUGAACACUCUGAUACCACUAGAUGGAUUGUCCAUUGUCCCAUCGAAAAUUGUAUGUGGAGAUGUAGAGUUAUACUUAGCAAGAAAUCACAUGUCUGGAAGAUCAUAAAAGCGCAUAGUCCACAUACUUGUGCAUCAUCAAUUGUUUCACAAGAUCACCGACAACUAUCCUCAGCUUUCAUUUGCCAAAGCAUAUUACAAAUGGUAAAGCAGGAUUCUACAAUCUCAGUUCCAGUGCUCAUUGCACAUAUACGAUCAAAGUACACAUAUACUACUACUUACAGGAAAGCAUGGAUUGCAAAACAAAAGGCUAUAGAGAUGAUUUACGGGAAUUGGGAGGAUUCUUACACGAACUUCCAAGGUGGCUCCCUGCUUUCCAAACUUAUCUUCCAUAAACUAUUACUGAUAUUGAAACGGUGCCUUUUAUUAAAGAUGGAUAUGUUGUUCCGGGGAAGGCUACUUUCAAACGUGUCUUUUGGAGUUUCAGACCAUGCAUCGAAGGAUUUGCUUACUGUAAGCCAGUUGUUUCAGUUGAUGGAACAUGAUUGUAUGGUAAGUAUCGUGGGACAUUACUAAUUGCAAUGGCUCAGGAUGGGAGGAACAAUACCAUUCCAUUAGCAUACGCCAUUGUUGAGGGUGAGACAUCUGAUGCAUGGUUUUUCUUCCUCCAACGCUUGCGAUUGUGGGUCACACCCCAACCCGGUCUGUGCUUGAUUUUAGAUAGACACGAGUCAAUCAAAAGUGUUGUUAGGCGUCUAAACAGUAAUUGGCAUCAUGUCUUCUGCAUUCGACACAUAGCGCAAAACUUCAUGAGGACUUUCAAGAACACGGAGAUGAAAAAAAAAGUAACCAAUAUAGGAUACUCAAUGACUCAAUCAAGCAUCACACACUACAGGAAUCAAAUCAGGGAUUGGUCUGAUGAUGCUGUGAAAUGGGUCGACGAUAUUCCAAAGAAACAAUGGCUACAAGCACAUGAUGAAGGGAGACGUUGGGGGCACAUGACAACUAACAUUUCUGAGUGUGUGAACAAUGUACUAAGAGGGGUGCACAAUCUUCCAAUCAGUCCAAUUGUUCAGGCAACCUAUUACAGGUCUAUUGAACUUUUCGUAAAGAGAGGGAGUGAGGCCCGAGCAAUGAUGGCAUCUGGUAAAAUUUACUUAGAUAAAGUCAUGGAUAAUCUUGCCAAAGAACGAGCAAUAUCAAACACUCAUCAAGUCUACAUUCACAAUCGGGGACAAAAUAUUUUUAGUGUUCAAGAGUUAGUUCGUCAACCAAGUGGCCGACCAACAGGCACAUUCAUGGUAGACCUUGACAAAAAAUGGUGUGAUUGUGGUGAAUUUCAGGCAUUACAUUAUCCUUGCUCACAUGUUAUAGGCGCUUGUUCAAAAAUUCACCAUGACUUCAUGAUGUAUGUGUCUCCCUGUUACACAUUACAAUAUGUUUACAACGUUUACCAAAAGGAGUUUCAACCAGUUCCUCGUCAAUCCUACUGGCCAGAGUAUGAUGGAAUUGAAUUGUGCCACAAUCCAAUCAUGCGGAGGGAUCCGAAAGGUCGUCCACAGUCGGCUCGAAUUCAUACUGAAAUGGAUCAAAGGGAUAGUAGUAGACACCCAAAGAGAUGUGGUAUCUGCCGAAAUGAGGGACACAAAAAAAAAAAAAAAAAGUCCUAA